AUAAUAAGAUUAUGCUAACAUUAAAAAACAAAACUCAUAACUAACAUUCGUAGAGUGUAAAUGUGUUUUCGAGUUCUGUUCCUAACAAAUUCUUCAGUUUCGUUGCUGUCAUAAUCGUCCAUCUGAAAAAAAGCCAUAAAACAUCCACACAUUCGCCCAUUAACAGUCAGCAACACCCACAUACACACUCACAUGAACUGGCUGCUCCCCCGGCCACGCCCCCUCAGACUGACGAGGGGCGGGAGGAGGGGCGCAUUCAACGUUUCAGUUUCGGUUAUGCUUUGUAAAUAAUUACGUACACGUUGUCUUGACUUUGUAUGUUUGUAGUGAACUUGAUGCUAGAAAAUCAAAUACGAAAUACAAAUACUAACCCUAAACAAUUAAGAUUAAACAAGCAAAACAAACUAACCAACUAACUAACUAACUAACUAAAGUAAAGCCACAUGCGAAAUAAUGUCUUAACUACCUUCCCACCCGCUCUCUCUCUCGAUUUCUCGAUUGUGUACGCCAAAAUUCGAUUCGAUUUCGAUUCGUUUCGAAUCUCAAAUGAAAAUCGUACCCGUACUUCGUACCGUUCUCUAUCACACCACCAACCAACCAAACCACCAACCAACCAAACCACCAAUAAACCAACCACCAAACCACCACCAUCUGAUCACAAUCAAAACCGAAAAAAAACAAACGAAUUCCCGAAAAACAAAACCGAAAAUCGAAAACCGAUCAAGAAUGAGAAAAAUCAAAUUAUGAAAUCAAACGUUUGGUUACGUUUGGUUUGGUACGAUUACCAGCUGCAGUGGGAUGAGGCCGACUACGGCGGCAUCGGGGUGUUGCGUCUGCCCCCCGACAAGGUUUGGAAGCCGGACAUUGUGCUCUUCAAUAAUGCCGAUGGCAACUACGAGGUGCGCUACAAGUCCAACGUGCUGAUUUAUCCCACGGGAGAGGUCCUGUGGGUUCCUCCGGCCAUUUACCAGAGCUCCUGCACCAUCGAUGUGACGUACUUCCCCUUCGAUCAACAGACCUGUAUCAUGAAGUUCGGAUCGUGGACCUUCAAUGGAGAUCAGGUCUCAUUGGCGCUCUAUAAUAACAAGAACUUUGUGGAUCUGUCGGAUUACUGGAAGUCCGGCACCUGGGACAUUAUAGAGGUGCCCGCCUAUCUGAACGUCUACGAGGGCGACAGCAACCACCCCACGGAGACUGACAUCACAUUCUACAUCAUCAUCCGGCGAAAGACUCUCUUCUACACUGUGAAUUUAAUUCUGCCCACGGUGCUGAUUUCCUUCCUCUGCGUCUUGGUAUUUUACCUGCCAGCCGAGGCCGGCGAAAAGGUUACGCUCGGAAUUAGCAUUUUGUUGUCACUGGUUGUGUUCCUGUUGCUGGUGUCGAAGAUUCUGCCACCGACGUCGCUGGUGCUGCCACUGAUCGCCAAAUAUUUGCUGUUCACCUUCAUCAUGAACACUGUUUCCAUCCUGGUGACCGUGAUCAUCAUCAACUGGAACUUCCGGGGGCCACGCACCCACCGCAUGCCCAUGUACAUCCGCUCCAUCUUCCUACACUACCUGCCCGCCUUUCUCUUCAUGAAGCGCCCUCGGAAGACUCGCCUGCGCUGGAUGAUGGAGAUGCCCGGAAUGAGCAUGCCCGCCCAUCCCCAUCCCUCCUACGGCUCGCCCGCGGAGCUGCCCAAGCAUAUCAGCGCCAUCGGCGGCAAGCAAUCUAAGAUGGAGGUCAUGGAGUUGUCCGACCUGCAUCACCCCAACUGCAAGAUCAACCGCAAGGUUAACAGCGGUGGGGAACUUGGCCUGGGUGACGGUUGUCGCCGGGAGAGCGAGUCCUCCGACUCCAUCCUGCUCUCUCCGGAGGCUAGCAAGGCCACCGAGGCGGUGGAGUUCAUUGCCGAGCACUUGCGGAACGAGGAUCUGUACAUUCAGACCCGCGAAGAUUGGAAGUACGUGGCCAUGGUGAUCGAUCGCUUGCAGCUAUAUAUCUUUUUCAUUGUGACCACGGCCGGAACGGUGGGCAUUCUGAUGGAUGCUCCGCAUAUUUUCGAGUACGUGGAUCAGGAUCGCAUCAUCGAGAUUUACAGGGGAAAGUAAGCGAGUGACGACUUGGAGCAGCCGGGGGCUGAUUGAAAUGGUUAACAGCAUUGCAAACGCAACAAUAAUAAGCAAACGAGGUAUUGAGACAGAGGAAAACAAUGAAAAUUGCAACAAUUAAUGCGGAUUUUUAGAUUUUAAUAAUUAAUGAACACUAAACGAUACUUGCUUGAGCAGAAUUAACACCUAAAAUAACUAACUAAUAUUAACUUUUUGGUAAACACACGAAUUGGAACACAGAACACACACUAAGCAGUCGUCGAGUAAAACAAAUAAGCAAAUAACUCACCAGCAACAAAUGUUAAACAAAUAAAUCAAAACAAAGUAAACCAACCUAGUGGAAUUGUGAGUAAAUUUAUAAUUUUUAAAACGAACUUAGCUAAUAUGGACAUCUAGAAUGAAGUUUAGUUUAAGAGCAAUAAAUAGCGAGCAAGCGUUUCCCAAAUAAUUUGUUAUGUUGUGCCAGGAACUUAAUCAUAAGUAAUCGCAGUUUUACGCAUGAGAUUUAAGAAUGGAAUACAUCCCGAAUCAAUUUGUAAAUGCUUCUCACACGAUCGCAGCUAGCAAAAAGAUCGACUUAAUCGUAGGCUCCGAAGAUCCGGAGACCCGGAGCCUACAUGAAACCAAUAAAAAUGCAAAGUUAAUUAAG